AUGGAGUACUCAGAUCUCGAGCUUAACAUGUUGGCUAAGAAGUACAGCAAGAAAAGAGGUGUUUCUGCUGCUGACAAGGUUUUCCUCUUGGAUCUUCAUGACCAGAUGGAGAAAGUUAUCACGAUUAAUUGCAUCGUGCAACAAAUCUCGCGUGAUAUGGCCGAUGGAAUAUUGGGCAAGGCUUCGCCUUAUCGAGGUAUCAAUGGGUACCAGAUCUUCCAGGGUUCUGAAGGAGCAAGGGCUAUAGUGAAAGCAAACGGUGGGAUUCGUGCACCGGGAAGCAACGCGAAAGUUGGGGACGCGUGGAAACUAUUGGGUGAGGCUGGUCAGAAGUUCUACAACGACCAAGCAGCAAACUCUGUCAUUCAAAAACAUUUGAAGAAAUCGAGCAAAACAAAAACAAACCAAGCCACAUCUACCGGGACUGAAAUGACAUCAACCCCGACUGAUCUCAUAUCGAACUCGACCAAAAUUGUAUCGAACUCAACUGAACUUGUAUCGAACUCGACCGAAGCCGCAUCCACAUCAAAUCCAAGCACCUCAACAUCUGCGUCUGAUGAGUCUGUGCCGCCUCAAGGUGCUGCUCAAACUGGCAUUCAAAUAUCACCACACGUCAAUUCCGAGACGCGGCCACAGAACACUCUCACCUGCCGGUCUGCCGUAAAACGGCCUUUGACUAAAAACCUGCCCACCGUACAAGGAUGGGUCAGUGACCUUCUUCCAAUGGCAAAUAAUAUCGCCCAAACUUAUAAGGUUCAGAUUGCUAUUGUAUGUGUUUCAUCGUUUUUAGGUAACGGGUGUCUUCAGUUGGUGGAAGCAACACCUCGUCUCCGCUCAUGGUUCGAAAUGGACAAAUUGAACAAUCCGGAAAACCACACCGUGGCGCGGAUGCAGUCUGCCAUUACUGGGUGGAAUGUGGAGGACAUCGUCGAACUGGGUCCUGUUGCUGAACCUACUGAGGUGGCUAAGGCACGAGCUAGGCUAAACAAUCUUAUAAAAACUCAAACCGUCGGCAAAUUCAAAAACUGGCCUUGGAGCAAUCAAACACGACUUUUAGCUGCAGGAUACCAUAUCAAGGUGCUUCCUGGUGCAUCGACCUCUUUGGAGAUCCUCACUCGAGCCAGCAAUAAGCUCCUGCCUGUUCAAGCCAUUGACAUCAACCAGAGCAUUCAGGAUAAAAAAAUAUGUGUAGUGAAGAAAGAAACUGAAGAAAGAAACGAAUUCGAUGCAUUGAUUUGA